GACCACUUCCGGUUCGGGCCAGGCCGCGGAGCCAAGUGGGUAACGAGCAGCCCCACCCGUGGGUACUUCCGGCGUCAUUGCCUGACGCGAUACUGAAGGACUAGUCGUACGGCCAACGGCGUCGAGACAGCGGUGACGUUCAGCCAAUGGAAGGGGGUGGGGCGGGGCGGCCAUGAUAGUCUCGAGCAGCCGCCCUGACGGGAAGGGCCUGAAAAGAGUCGGCGGCACAAAAUGGCGGCGGCGGCGGCCGGGGCUUCGGGGUUGAUGGCUCCUGCGUUGGCGGCCUGCUCUUCCGGCUCGGGGGGAGCAGCCCCAGGGUCUCAGGGGGUGCUGAUCGGUGACAGGCUAUACUCGGGCGUGCUCAUCACCUUGGAAAACUGCUUGCUGCCCGACGACAAGCUCCGCUUCACGCCAUCCAUGUCGAGCGGUCUCGACAUCGAUACAGAAACUGGACUCCGCGUAGUGGGCUGCGAGCUCAUCCAGGCAGCCGGCAUCCUGCUCCGCCUGCCGCAGGUGGCCAUGGCUACAGGGCAGGUGUUGUUCCAGCGGUUCUUUUACACUAAGUCCUUCGUGAAACAUUCCAUGGAGCAUGUGUCCAUGGCUUGUGUUCACCUGGCUUCCAAAAUAGAAGAGGCUCCGAGACGAAUCAGGGAUGUCAUCAAUGUAUUCCAUCGCCUUCGGCAUCUGAGAGAGAAAAAGAAACCUGUGCCUCUGGUGCUGGAUCAAGAGUAUGUUAAUCUAAAGAACCAGAUUAUAAAGGCAGAGAGACGGGUUCUCAAGGAACUGGGCUUUUGUGUCCACGUGAAGCACCCUCACAAGAUAAUCGUUAUGUACCUUCAGGUGUUAGAAUGUGAGCGUAAUCAACACCUGGUCCAGACUGCAUGGGUAGCCUCUGAGGGUAAGUGACUAAGACUUCUCCUCUGCUGUCCAAGCGCUUUGGUGCAGGGACAGCGGCCGUCUUCAGCCAAUCCAGUGCAGGCUCUCCACCGAAGGCUGGCUCUAGACUGGUGGUAUGCGUACCCAAUAGUAUAGUCAUGGCCGACUGCUGCUUGUGGUUCUCUGACGAUUGUGCUUCUUGUUAAUCCUGUCAUGCUUGGUAAUUGUAUCAAUUAGAAUUGAUAACUGUCUUGACUUGAAUUUUGUUCUUUUAAAACUGCUGUACCUGUGCAAUAAAGAUGCAAUACCUUUCUUUAAAAAAAAAAUGUAUAGAAGCUAUAAAAACUAAGGUGACAAAAUUGGCAUGGUGGAAAUUCAGGCUGUUACUGGAUCCUAUCAUCAUUUCUCCCAAGCCCUAAAGUUGCUCUUUUCAGCAGCUUAAGUGGGACUCAUUCCAGUAAAGGUGUGCAUCUUUAAGUUAAAAUAUUGUAAUUUAUUUCAAAUGUAGCAUUAAGUUUUAAUAUACCAGGAAGGAUUUCACUUGUUUUUAGAACAAAGUUAAUGAAUUAAUAUACUUGAAUACUAAGAUUUCCUUACUAGUAGUAAAGUUAUUGAUGGUUUUAUUUCUAUUUGUGAAUGUUUAAACUGUUAAGCUACAGAAUGGUUUCUGGGAGAUGGGUAGUGCCGCUACCAUUCUGGCUUCCCUCUUAAGUGUAGAGGUAUUGUUUCCUGGGCCUGCUGCCUCUUACAGGCAUCUGUAGAAUGCAUUAUUUAGAAUGUCAGAACGGGUUUGAAUGUUGCCUUCUCUGAGGUUUUAGGACCAAGAUACUGGGUGGGAGCAGUUUUAAAUCUCAUGUGGUACAGCCUGACAUUAGUAUGCUGUACCAUUGGAUGUGUUGGGCAGUGUAUAUAACCUCAUGAUGUGUUUUCUCAUGAGUUGUUUUUGCAUUGUUGAUAAAGCUAGUAUACCCUUUUAGCCUAUAAAAUUUAAAUAUAUUAAAGAUGUAGUCAAUUUUAAAUGACCUUUAUUUAACUUUGCUAAAAAUGUGAAGUUUUGUACUUAUAUAUCAUCUAAAGUAUUAUAACAUUUUUAAGUGUACUUAGUUUGAUGCCACUUUUAGUGUUUUGUUGCUUUUGUCUGAUUUUUAUGAAUGUUCAUUUUAAGACUCCUUGUUGAAAUGGGACAGUUUCGUUCUUUGAUAAGCCCGAGAAGAGGAUUCCCUUGGGUGUUGACCUCCUCUGCACAUGAUGUGCCCAUGCAUCUGAACUGCACCCAAGGGCCUUUCCCUUUUCCAAGUGGACUCCCUCCCUGGAGCUGCGGCUCAGUCAUCUGGAGAAGGACCGGGCGACAAAUGCUGCCUGAAGAAAAGGAACACAGGAGGACAGCUUGUCUGACAGUUGGGAGGCUUCAUGCUCAGCCUUCUCAUUUGAGUUUGCAUGCUUCUCUGCACUAUGGAUUUUGAACAUUUAGAUUUCUUUAAUCAACUACAUUUUAACUACUAAGUAGCAUUUUCUUUCUAAGUAUUGUGCUUUGCAUGAUAGCAGGUCAUAGAGAAGGAAAAGUAAAGUUAAAGUCGGUUCUCGUUCAUAGCAACAUUGUCUGACAUUCAGCCAGCUUUUUACACCCUCCCCCAAAUGAUUUAUUUCUUUCGUGUAUUCAGAAUGUCCCUUGUUUUCUAUGGGGAUUCCCAGAGUACCCAGCACAGUCCUAGUGUAGAAUUCUUAGGAAUAACAACAUUUGAUGACUGGUGGUUGCACAGAUGUCCAUGCAUUA